CGCUUUCUGUUAUAGAUCUGUUUGACAAUUAUUAAGACCUCAUCGAGUAUUGGGACCUACUGUUAUUGGCGUAUUGAUAUAACACUAGAGAACCCUCCUAUAAUAUUCGAAAGACCUCAAAAGUGUGCCAACGCUAUAUCGAAACUUCGGAUACAAUCAUGUUGAAAAGGAUGGGGAUUUUCAAACGACGUCGGUCAAACAAACCUCCCAUAGCAGAGGCGAACGAACUGGACGAGCAAUUCGCAAAAGUUGACGUCUCGAAUUCUUCGAUAGGUGAUAGUAAAGGUGUAGCUUCGGGUCGAUCCGCUAGUUCUCUCAACAAAUCUCCAAGCUCCAGAAGUUCGACAGAAAAAGAAAUAGCACAUGCAUGGGAAGGGUUUGAUGGUCCAGCGCAAUCUUCUGUCCCGUCUCUCGCGAGCGACCGCAGCUGUGCCGUUAGAACAGCGUCCCCAGUGCCUACGAUUCCAUUACAUUACGAGUUAUAUGCGUUACCUGAGCCGACGGUCUCGGGCAAAUUAUCCUCGAAACGUUCAUGCGACUCUUUCGACUCUUUCGACGAACCCGAACAAACUUUGGACACAUCAACAUCGUUUCUACUUGACGCAACACCUCCUCGGGCUCCAAGACAACGCAAGGAGGCAGCGGUCGAGCUAGAAGCUGGGUUAACGGCGUUGUUCGAAAAACCAUCUCUUUUUAACUCACAUUCAGGGCCAUCUCCAAGCGAACCCAUUCCCUUAAAAAUUCGCUCCGAUGAUUCGAAAUUAUUUGGCCCUCCUCUUCAAGGGAUAUCGACUGCGACUCCAGAUAUAUCGAGCCACCACCUCUUGGUCACCGGCUCCAGUGCACAUGAGCUUCCAAGCGAUACAGAACUCCAGAGUUCUCAAGUUCACGUACCACCCGUUAAGCCCCUCCUAACAUUGACUCCACCCCCAGUCCAAUCGAGCACCAAACCCACACGUCCACUCGAUAGUGGGACGAGUAGAAUAAUAGAGGAUGAGCCUUCACCAAGCCAGAAGAUCGCAUUAGCUCAGGUAUUCAUGUACCAAGCUCGAAUGACUGGUCAACCACCCGAGAGAACGAAGAAAGCUUCAGCUAUUACUGACGAGAAUAUUUCGUUCGGAUCGAAAACGUCUGGACCGCGACUUUCCUCAGCUGCGAGAGCCGAAGCGAGGCGACCGAGGAGUGCGUCGACAUCGUCCAUAAUAACGAACCCAGAUUCAUCAUUAUCGUAUGAUAAAUCAAUGGUCCCUCAGCCGCUACAUAUAAAAUUGACGACACCCGAGCUCGACGGUAGCUGUAUUAGGAGAAAUGUGGUUGACAGCGAGGCAUGGAGGAGAAAAAGCAGGAUGCUCCAACUGGAUUCGUUCGGUAAUCAUACAAGAAUCGUAGCUUGAAAUGAGAAGGAAUAAAAUGAAACAAUACGGCGACGCAUACAAAUCAACUACUAGGUAAAUAUAAUAUGGCCAUCGUUCAGACAAAGGCAUUAUGCAGGCUGAACAGACUCCGAAACAUCGAACAAAGGUCUUUCAUGUACACGCUUUCGUCGGAAGAUCAAGAUCGGAUUUGAAGGUUGUCGAGGGGAUUCACGACAUGGGCUUUUUGCGAAACCAUAUAUGCCAUCACGGCAGAUUCACUGAUAUGAAUAGUACGACUAUCUAUAUCAUAUCGAGACCCAAUAAUUCUAGGGUGGAUAGCAGAAGAUCCUGAGCUGGAGGUUAUUCGUUGGGACUCGACGGGGUAGCAUCUGGAUAGGUAUCAUAUAUCAGAUUUGUUAGGCGUCAUUGAGGCCUAAAAGAUGUUUGUUCAAUUAGAAAUACCACGCCGAAGCCACAAUAAAUU